AUUUGGACCAAUGUCUGUUUUAAUUUGACUAUAUUUUGACUAAACACAAGUCAGUCUGAAAGCUCACCCUUUUUCUCUGCUGCGAGCAGCUUGUUCCUCUCACAUCGGGCUUCUCCGGCGAACUCCUCGCCGGUCUCUUUCUCCGGCGAAAUCGAUCUUUAAGUUUUUACAUCUUUCUCUCUCUUCCUCUCUCUCUCUCUCUCUCUCUCUCUAAAUUUGCUACUUUCUGUCUCUCACUCGACAAGAAAACCCUAACCCCCUCGCCAAGUGAUUGUUAAAGGUACAGUGCAAAUGCAAGUUAUGGAAACUUCAUCUAGUGGAUAUCGGUUUCGGAGAAUACCACGCCACUCCUUUGCUGGUUCUGUGAAUUUAGAUCCCCUGCUUGAUGAAAAUUUGGAGCAGUGGCCACAUUUAAACGAACUUGUGCAAUGCUACAGAACCGACUGGGUAAAAGAUGAGAACAAGUAUGGUCACUAUGAAAGCGUCAGCCCAGCUUCAUUUCAGAAUCAGAUAUACGAGGGUCCUGAUACUGAUAUUGAAACAGAGAUGCAUCUUGCAAAUGCUAGGCGACCUAAGAUUGAGGAUUCAAUUGAUGAUGAAAUCCCUAGCACUUCUGGGACACAACUCUCUGAAACUAAUUUCUCUGACCUCUCGAACGCCAAAGUCUCUAAGCAUUUUGGUGAAUCCCCCCUACCGACUUAUGAACCAGUUUUUGACUGGGAAAAUGAAAGGUCACUAAUAUUUGGGCAAAGGAUUCCAGAAGCUCAUAUGUCCCAGUAUACGAGUGGUCUGAAGAUUGCCGUGAAAGUCCUAUCAUUGUCAUUUCAAGCUGGACUUGUUGAGCCGUUUUAUGGCACAAUUUGUUUAUAUAAUAGGGAGCGAAGAGAAAAACUUUCAGAGGAUUUUAUUUUCCAUAUAUUGCCUACCGAAAUGCAAGAAGCAAGCAGUUCCUGUGAACGGCGUUGUAUUUUUCAUCUUGAUGCUCCAUCAGCAUCUAUUUGUCUGCUAAUCCAACUAGAAAAGCCUGCAACUGAAGAAGGUGGAGUGUCUCCUUCUGUUUAUUCACGAAAGGAACCAGUUCAUCUGACAGAGAGAGAGAAACAGAAGCUACAAGUGUGGUCGCGGAUCAUGCCUUAUAAGGAGUCCUUUGCCUGGGCCAUCAUUCCACUCUUUGAUAGUAACAUUACUUCUGUUGCUGGCUCUGCUUCUCCCAGCAGUCCUCUUGCUCCAAGCGUUUCAGCUUCAAGUUCUCAAGAGGGUGUCACUGAUCCGGUUUCAAAAAUUACAGCUGAUGGAAAGCUUGGUUAUUCAAAUGGGAACUCUAUUGUGGUCGAAGUGUCUAACUUAAAUAAAGUCAAAGAAGGAUAUACCGAGGAAUCACUCCAGGAUCCAAAGCGAAAGGUUCAUAAACCAGUAAAAGGUGUCUUGAAAUUGGAAAUCGAAAAGCUGCCAGCUAGCUCUGCUGAAGUUGAAAAUACUUUGGAGAGUGGGAGUCUGGCUUAUGAUUCUCUUGAUCAUGGAGACCAUUUGACUGAUUCGGCUUCUAUGAAACGCCCUACUAAUGGUUCCUUUUCUAAGUCUAAAUCCUUUGAGAUGAAAGAGCUUGUUCGGAAUGGUUCAAUUGCUCACGAAAAUGUGGAAAAUUCUGCUGAUGAUUUUGAAGCUUUUGACUUCCGCACGACGACAAGAAAUGAACCUUUCUUGCAGCUCUUUCACUGCUUAUAUGCCUACCCCUUGACUGUUAGUAUGAGUCGGAAAAGAAACGUGUUUAUACGUGUUGAACUGAGAAAGGACGACACAGACGUUCGGAAACCACCUCUAGAGGCUAUGCAUUCAAGGGAACCAGGUGUACCACUUCAGAAAUGGUCACACACACAAGUUGCUGUUGGGACAAGGGUCGCCAGCUACCAUGACGAGAUCAAAAUUUCUUUGCCUGCUAUUUGGACACCAUUGCAUCACCUUUUGUUUACUUUCUAUCAUGUUGAUCUUCAAACAAAACUUGAAGCCCCAAAGCCGGUGGUAAUUGGAUACGCUUCACUUCCAUUGUCCACACAUGCGCAGUAUGUUUCUAUUCUUUGACUUAAGAGUCAUUGUCAUUU